UUUAGACCUCUUGGCUGUGAUGUGUUUUCUUUUCCUGGGGUUCUCCCUUUUCUUUUUGUUGGUGAAGGUUUCGUCUCCCCAGAGUUGCGUAAAAACUUGGAGAGAAAAAGAAAAAGAAUUAGUUAUCCAGUCUUGCUCACUCCCUAAGUUUCCUUCAAGUAAAGAAAUCGAGCUUAACUUAACUUUUAUAAACUCACAGGGAAAUAAGGUAAGUCCGCAAGAAGGCAAUUUCUCGUAUGAGAAAGUUACAUCCUUAGAUUAUUCUCAUAAUAAGAUUUCUUCUCCUGACGAUACAUCGCAGGGAUUUGUUAGUGUAUCGCAGCUAAUGUUACAAGACAACGAGUUAACUGUCAUUGCAGAUGGCCUCUUCGAAAAAGAUGGUCUCUUCGAAGGAGGCAAACUUUUGUAUCUAAAUCUAUCCCGAAAUAAGAUAAGUUCGAUUGAGGAUUCUGCAUUUUCAGGCUUAUCAAAUCUAGUUUCACUGAGCUUAGACAGCAACAAACUUACUAAAAUCGAGUUGGUUAGUCCAUCAAUACCUAACGAGGAGCUGUAUGGCGGAAAACUUGCCAAACUUACCUAUUUGAACCUUGCUCACAACAGUAUAAGAAGUGUUGAUAACGAGGUAUUUGCUGGUUUAACCAGUUUAUUAACAUUGGAGUUACAGGGGAACCAGCUUACUACAGUGGACCGUCAGUACUUUGUUGGGCUUGAGAUGCUUUCGUACCUGAAUCUCAACGGUAAUGAUAUUCGCUCAAUUAGAGGAGCGUUUGAUAUUAUGGCCGAGUUAAAAAAAUUGGAUUUGAGUAAAAAUCUUCUCUCCGUGUUGGAUUUGAGUAGGCUUGGGCCACAUAACAAGCUUGAAUUUCUACGUCUUGAUCGUAAUCGCUUGAGUGAUAUCCCACCCAACUUGUUUUCUGAACUAAAGGCCUUGACUUUCUUAGAUUUGAGUGAAAAUUUUUUAGUCUCCCUCGAGAAGGAUUUGUUUAAGGACCUUAAGAACCUUAAGCACUUAUGUCUUAAUGGUAAUCAUAUUCAUGAUAUCCCACCCAACUUGUUUUCUGGACUAAAAGCCUUGACUUUCUUAGAUUUGAGUAAAAAUCUUUUAGUCUCCCUCGAGAAGGAUUUGUUUAAGGACCUUAAGAACCUUAAGCACUUAUGUCUUAAUGGUAAUCAUAUUCAUGAUAUCCCACCCAACUUGUUUUCUGGACUAAAAGCCUUGACUUUCUUAGAUUUGAGUAAAAAUCUUUUAGUCUCCCUCGAGAAGGAUUUGUUUAAGGACCUUAAGAACCUUAAGCACUUACGCCUUGAUUAUAAUAGUAUCUAUUAUAUUCCAUCCGAUUUGUUUUCUGAACUAAAAGACUUGACUUUCUUAAAAAUUAAUAAUGGAGUGGGUGAUAACGCUAUAACUGACAUCGGACCCAAGGCUUUUCCUGCUAUAAGUCCAAACUUCAUAAAAUUACAACUUGGGAAAUCCUUCAGUUGUAAAGCACGUUCGGAUUAUAGAAAUCUCUUAAAGUUCACUGAUGAUUUCUGCACGCUUGAGACGGGGACUGUCCAGAGUUUUAAAACUUUUUUAAAAGACAAUUCGCGAGAGAAUGAAGGCCUAACGCCUGGUUUACGAGGCCAGUCGGGAGAGGGUGAAAUAUCAAAUGCUGGCGUUGCGGUGCCUAUUUGCGUACAAGUUGGUGUCCUCGCGCUCUGUCUUUUGAUCUCUUUUUUGGGUCUGUACUAAAAUUUUUCAAUAAAAUCCAAAUAACUUUCCUUUC